AAGGGGCAGGACAUAGUAAGGUAUUUUGGUGUUAUCACGCCGAUGUAGGGUCGCUAGAACGGGGAUAAACAGAUACAAGAGCAAUUCAGUGUCGUUUCAAAGCUAUUUAGAAACUAUAGGACAUUAUAUAGGUGAGCUGAUACCGUUCGACAUUCCAAAAGCGGACCACCGUCAGACUGCUGUGUUUAUAUUGACAUGUGCGACCUAAUGUUCAUGCAACUUAAUAGGCGUGAAAGGCAAGCAAUUAGGACCUAACAUAUCAUGGAUCACUUUCAAACGAGAAUACAUCAGAGCAUAUAAGAGCCAGUGUAUCAACACCAGCUUCGGACACUCUUGGCCAGGCGGAUUUCUCAAUUUUAGGACACACGAACGAGAUUCAGUUUACACUUCCGCAAAAGGCUACUCGACAAUAACACGAGUUUAAUCUACCUACACCCGCGAUUGUCAUGGAUGAUGUUUUUAAUGGAACUCGAACAACAAGCACAUGAAUAUAUAAGCUGAUAUAUGUUUCUAGAUAAACAGCAAAAAACGCAUAUUUUCAGCAUGGGAUCUGAUUAUGUCUAUGAAAAACAGCUGUAACUGAAUUUCCAAUAUACUACGUCAAGUAAAAUAGUUUAAUAUAUUCUUAAACUUCUAAACUGGACUAAAAAAAUACAUGAAGUUGUUAGGUAUGAGAGGACUCUGAAUUGUUCUAUCUAGUAUAACAGUUAUACAAGACCAGUAAUGAAGGAAAAAUCUAAAAAUGCUGCACGGACGAGGAGGGAGAAGGAGAAUUCCGAAUUCUACGAGUUGGCAAAAAUGCUUCCUCUGCCAUCAGCAAUCACGGGACAGCUUGACAAAGCAUCUAUCAUAAGACUGUCUACAAGUUAUCUAAAAAUGAGAGCUGUGUUUCCUGAUGGAUUGGGGGACGCAUGGGGCAAGCAUCCUGUAGCCAGGGACCCAAGGGAGAAGGAAUUGGGUUCUCAUUUACUCCAGACAUUAGAUGGGUUCAUCUUCGUCGUCGCACCAGAUGGAAAAAUUAUGUACAUAUCAGAGACAGCAUCUGUCCAUCUAGGACUAUCUCAGGUUGAGCUAACGGGUAACAGUAUAUAUGAAUACAUUCAUCCAGCAGACCACGAUGAGAUGACAGCUCUCCUUACCGUCCACCAGACCUUCCAUACGCAUGUACUACAAGAUAUAGAGAUUGACAGAUCAUUCUUCAUAAGAAUGAAAUGUGUUCUGGCGAAGAGAAACGCUGGACUGACGUCAGGAGGUUACAAGGUGAUCCACUGUAGCGGGUAUCUGAAAAUCAAGCAAUAUACCAUGGAUAUGGCACCAUUCGAUGGCUGUUACCAGAACGUUGGCCUAGUUGCCGUGGGGCAUUCCCUGCCACCCAGUGCAAUCACUGAGAUUAAAAUGCAUAGAAAUAUGUUCAUGUUCAGAGCAAGUUUGGAUCUCAAAUUAAUCUUUCUAGAUGCAAGGGUGGCAGCAUUGACGGGAUACGAGCCUCAGGAUCUCAUCGAGAAAACACUUUACCAUUACAUUCACGCCUGUGAUAUCAUGCCAAUGCGAUACGCACAUCAUAUGUUACUAGUCAAGGGUCAGGUUACCACAAAGUACUAUCGUUUUCUUGCAAAAGAUGGCGGCUGGGUCUGGAUGCAGAGCUAUGCAACGAUCGUCCACAACAGUCGUUCUUCGAGGCCUCAUUGUAUAGUCAGCGUCAACUACGUGUUGAGUGAGAUCGAGGGUAAACAUCUCCAGCUACAACUAGAACAGACUUUAAUCAAAGAAGAAUCUCCAUUUGUUGAACACAGAAGUUCUAAAAAGAAAUCUAAAAAGUCCAGAUAUUCACCGUACAAUCCUCCAACGACUCAAGCGACAUCUAGUGAAACUACUGUCGUUGAGCGCGCACCAGAGGCCACUCCUUAUGAAUAUACGCCCGAGUCUCACCCUCACGUGACUGGAUAUCCUCCAAUAGGAUACACACAUCCUACAGACAGUAUGGGAACGUAUAGCGCGUUAUAUCAUCCGGCGUAUUCUCAUACGGGUAUGUACCCAGAUGGCGCAGCUGGUGUAUAUCCCUACGCAGCUCAGCGGUUGUUAGAUGAACGGAAUUCAUAUAAGGGAACGUAUGAUCCGGAAAAAUUCUACCCAGGGGCAAGAGACGCUUCUGCCGUAUAUCCCCCGUAUGUUCAAACGCAAACCCAAAGCUCACCAAAUGGCGACGGAAGGGAAACAACUUAUGGACAAACGACUUACGAUUGUGCCCAACCAGGUCAAUGUAGCAGGAGUAGCAGCCGGGAUGCUAGUUACCCUAGCAACGCCCCACUAAGCCAUAAUUACACAAAUCCUUAUAGUAACCAUAGCAAUCGAUCGGAAGGCUCUACUUCCGAACUAGAAGGGGCUACGGAUGAAAGACUACAUCUACGCAAUGAUAGACAACAUAAUAAUAACAUAUUAGAGACAUCAUCUCACAGGCUACACAAAGACAAAACUUUCAAAACUUCAGACACAGUCACGAACAAUCAGGUUGAACAAGCUAGUAAAGACAAUACUGGGCAGCCGUCUGUGAUUAUGAGGCGACCAACAGUGACCCCUGGUGAGAAAACGGAGAGUUCAGUGUCCACAUAUCACUCUCCAACUAGACUGAAAUCUAUACCAGAUGGCAGCACUAAUGCCCCUAAGUCAACAAGUAGUCCCCAUUCGUCGCAAAGUUGUAUAUCACUAGGGGGAAGCUAUCUUACUGCGCAAAAAUCGGUUGAUUUAAGACUAACGGAAAAAAGUGUAGCCCAAGAGGCUUAUGCAAGUUGUCUGAAGAGUCAAUGUAGUUACGAUUAUAGUCAGUCAGCGAGUUAUCAUCCAAGUAACUUACAGACCCAGAGACCCUACUCCAUGAUGGCUCAGCCAGGGUACACUAGUGUAAUAGUAGAUGCCCACGAGUACCAUAUAGCAAAUGGAUAUGUUCACUGACGUACAUGAUACAUUAAUAAUAUAUGGGAGACAUCUUUAAGUAAUAAUUAGGGUUAUUUCACAAACUGGGUAACGUACAUUUUCCGGGUUCACUGACAAUAAAAAGCUUUGUUUCAACAUUAGGUCUGAUUUCAGUCAUGGGAUUUUAAAAAUUGCCCAAUGUGUUCAAAAUUUCAGUUACUGCACUGAAUUGUCUCGAAAUAUUACCAUAAUUGUAAUAUGGAAUAAAAGGACCAGGCUAUUUGGACGGUGACUACGGCACGUAUAAUCACGCAAUUAAUUCCAUUAAAGUGAAUCAAAGUUUGUCUUCUAUCAUGUACGUUUGUGAAUAAAACUUGCCUCAACCGAAUAUAUCUUGCAAGAAGAUCCCGAUAUGUGUUUUCGCAAUUAAUUAUGUUCAAAUAAUUUAACCAUUGUACGAGUAUGUUGAAGCUUUUAUUUAGGUCGACAUUGAAAAUGGCAGUCGAGUAAAAUAAUUUGAUUUAGAUUUCAAUGUUUUACGUUU